CCACAACAACAACAACACCAACAACUACAAAAACUGCUACCAGGAAUACACAAAAUUCGUUUUCUAGUAAUAAAAACUGAUGCAUAUUUCUGUGAGCUUGCGCCAACAAAUUGCGAAAAUGUGUUGCAAAUCUAACGCCAUGUGGAAAUGUUGUACGUCUUCAAUUGGCCAGCAACAACUGCAACAACAACAACAACCCAUGACGACAACAACACGCAACACAGAAUAUCACGGCCAAGCAAAAAGGCACAGAAUUAACAACAAGAGCCAAAAAGAUUUUCUAGGCAGAAUUCGUAUCCUCGUGUUUAUUGUUAUGUUAGUCCUGAUUCAAAUGCAAUCUGUGACAGCUGGACUUCGAGAAGGCCUUUCAGGUGAUAUGGAAUCCUGCGCCAAUGAAGGUGAAGAGGUGCAAAUCAAAGGCAUACAAAACUCCAAAUGCUUCAAGUGCACAUGCCAGAAUGGCUUUGUGAAAUGUGACAAGAGCUGCCCGUCAAUUGAUGAUUGCUUUCUGAUCGACUCCAAUUCGAAUGACACCUGCUGUCGCAAGUGCAAAGGCUGCAUGUAUCGCGGUGUGCCCUAUGCGAGCGGCGCUGAGUGGAGCGAUCCGGAUGAACCCUGCAAGACGUACAAGUGCAUCGCCAGUGUUGUCACCGAAACAACACAGAUUUGUUAUUCACAGUGCGACGAUAACCAGCUGACAGCGCCACGCCCCGGCGAAUGCUGUCCCACAUGUCAGGGUUGCAAGAUCAAUGGCCAGACCGUUGCCGAAGGCCAAGAGGUUGUCGCCUCGAUCGACGAUCGCUGCUUGGUCUGCCAAUGCAGCAGCGGCAACAAGCUGAGCUGCGCCAAGAAGACUUGCCCCACGCUGCAGUGCCCCAAAUCGAAGCAGAAGCAGCUGCCCAACGAAUGCUGCCCACGCUGCACGGUGCAGCGCGAGUUUCGCGCGGUCAAAGGCAAGUGCAUAUUCAACAACAAUCUGUACUAUGACAAGACACAAUUUACGCCGGAUCGCUGCACCAAUUGCACCUGCCUGAACGGCACCUCGAUUUGCCAGCGCGCCACUUGCCCCAUAUUGGAGUGUGCGCCCGAGUUUCAGGAGGACGAUGGCUGUUGUCCCCGCUGCAUUGUGGCCGAGGUGCGCAGCGAGUGCUCCCAUCAGGGUGUGACGUACAUGAACAACGAGACCUGGAAUAUGGAUCCCUGCCGCAGCUGUCGUUGCAUUGCCGGCAACAUACGCUGCUCCGAGAUGCGCUGCCAGCCGGUCAAGUGUCGACCCAACGAGGAGCUGAAGCGUCCACCCGGCGAAUGCUGUCCCAAGUGCCUGGAAACUGCCGGCACUUGCACAGUCUUCGGUGAUCCUCACUUCAAGACCUUCGAUGGUAAAUUCUUCAGCUUCCAAGGCAGUUGUAAGUAUUUGCUGGCUGCUGAUUGCUAUGGCCACAACUUCUCCAUACGCCUCACCAACGAUGGGCGUGGCACUCGGCACUCAUCCUGGCCAAAGACGGUCACACUUAAGCUGCGCGGACUGCGCAUCAAUCUCGGCCAGAAGCUGCGAGUUAAAAUCAAUGGGACGCGUGUCAUGCUGCCCUACGCGGACCACAGCGGCAACAGCAAUGGACAUGGUCAUAAUGUGAGUAUUGAGCGUCUGGCGGAGGGCGGCAUCAUGCUGAGGACGGAGCUGGGGCUGAGCAUCGAGUGGGAUGGCAACAACUUUCUGCAGGUGUCGGUGCCGGCGCAAUACAAGGGUCAUUUGUGCGGACUGUGCGGCAAUUACAAUGGCAGCGGACGGGAUGAUCUGACGGGCAGGGAUGGCCGGGCGCAUGGCGACAACGAGGUGUGGCACUUUGCCAACUCGUGGAAGGUGGGCGGACCCAAGUCGUGCUCGCGAGUGAGGGAGAAUGUUGUGGCGCCGCCGACAUGCAACAAGCGUAAGCCCAACUUCUACUGCCGGCCUCUGCGCGUCUCGGAAGUAUUUGGAAACUGUGAUAGUAGACUUAAUCCCAAUAACUACAUCGCCUCCUGCCGCAUGGACGUCUGCGAGUGCCCCACGGGCAGCUGUCACUGCGACAGCUUUGCGGCGUAUGCCCACGAGUGCCGUCGCCUCGGCGUUCAGCUGCCCGAUUGGCGUGCCGCCACCAAUUGCCCAACAACCAGCUGGCGUCGCAAUGCCACCGAGCUCAGCUAUGUGGGCAACAGUUUGUACGGGGAUCCUAGUUUUCUCAAAGGAGGCGGUGGCGGCACAUCUAAGGCGCGACGCCGCAAGCAGCAUCACCAUCAGCUGCAAUUGCAGCGACGCCAGCAGAACGAGCUGCAGGAAAAUGAAUACAUCAAAAAACAUGUACCCAAUAAAUUUUUAAGGCCGCGUGCGCCGGAUCGCACGCCGCCGCCAAUACACUAAGCACUGAGCAUGGAUUUAA